AUGAGUUCCAUUGGCUCCGACUAUGCGCUGCUGGCGUCGGAGAAAAUCGGCCAGGGUAGCAUGGGCUUUUUCGGAAACCUGGAGCAUUUGUUGGGAGGUGCCUUGAGAAGCCACCAACAUUCCAGAUCCGACCUAGACGACAACGAGCGCCGAAGCGACCCUGACCGUGCCCGGGGUGCUGCUGCUCCCACGGCCCAGACGCUGUGGGACCCCAGCAGCUGGGGGGCCUCGAGCCCCGGUGCCCAGUCGCCCAUGAAGGGCUCCGAGUCGCCCCUGACGGUGGUGGCAGCUGAGGAUAUGCCUGGCUCACCGGGCCGCCUGUCUCCCAGGAGGGCGGUGAGCCCCAAAGGGAAGCAGGAGAAGGGGGUGCAGGAUCCAGAAGCACCCAUGCUACAUCAAGUCUUGGAGCAGCUUUAUACUGCCUUGAAGGCCUGGGAGGCCUCGGUGAAAGCCAGCACAUCUCUGACUGGAGCCUUUCUGCCAGACCGGGGCUAUCGACAAGAAGAGCGAGCCGUGAAUGUGGCUUCAAUUGCCUUUGAAGAAUUUCACGCCAAGUUGGGUUUCAUGCAGAGACUUGGGGCUGGCAUGAGUCAAGAUGAUGAUCAGAGAGCUAUGGUGCGGGGUCAGGAGCUGUUACAGGCCCUGGAGGGUCUGAGCCCUUGGGCGGAUGCCAAGAAGAUCCAGGAGUUGCUGAGGCUUCGCCAGGACUACUUUUUGGACUCGAAGUGGGACCCGGAAAGGUCCCGCUUUUCCUGUCCCUUGGCCGAAGGAUGCCGAAGGGCUGGGCGAUUGGGGCCGGGCAAAGGAUUGGAGCCGAAGAUUGGCCGAAGUGCUGAGCUGUUCCUCCAGCUGGUUCACGAGAAACAGCGCUGGCCCGAAGCCGAAGUUUUGGCCUUGAGAUGGCCUGACAACCUGGAACGCAUGCAGCUGGAUGAGCUUGGUAACACCGGUGUCGAAGCCUGGUUGAGCCGUGCCAAGAGAUGGCGCCAGCGGCACCAGGCGAAUCCCAAGAGGCUGCGACAGAGCAAGGAGGAGUUGGAGUGUUGCGGGCUUCCCAAUCUCUUGGAAGGAACUGCCAGCAACGGACAUGUCUAUGCCAAGCCAGUGGAGGUAUCUGGCUGUUUGACCUUUACAAAGAUCAAGGCGCGGAACCUCCGCAGCGCGGAUCUCAUGGACGAGUCGGACCCCUUUGUGAAGUUCGAACUGGGCACCCUGACUCGUCCGCAGAUCACCAGCACGGUCUGGAACAAUGAGAAGAAUCCAGAAUGGAAAGACCCAAGAACUGGUGCCUGGGAGAUUGUCCGGAUGCCCGUGGCCAAAGCUUCACGGGAGAAGUUUCCGGAACUGCGGAUUUCUGUCUUCGAUGAAGAUACCUUCUCUGCCAACGAUCCCUUGGGCAGCAGGAGUCUUCCGAUUCUGGAUCUCAUAGAAACGAAUGCUGGACAGCGCCUGGGAAGCAUCGGAAAGGAGAUCACCUUUCACACGGGGCCUUUGGAUCUGAUGGGCACCGGGGCUGGCGAUCGAAAUCCCUACCUUGAGAUGGAAAUCACCUGGACGCCCGAAGGCGUGGGAGUUCUGGCAGCUCCCUCUGAUCCACUUCUGCUUCCUCCUCAGGAUGAUGCAGCCUUACAUCUCCUGGCGGAGAUGGAAGAGCAGUUGCCUGCGUUCCUGCGGGAUUUCGGCCCCAACUCGGCAGAGAACUUGGGCUUCUUCUUGCAACGGAAGGACCAUCGCUUGGAUUCAGCAUUACCGCGUGCGUCGCCGGCUUCAAGUAGCAGUGGCAGUGACAAAGUGAGGCAGUACAACCAAGUGCUCAACCGAAUCAACGAGCAUUUGCAACAGUUUCUGAACUUUGCUGAACUGGGCGUGUUGCUUGAGAAAGCCCGGGACUUUGAGCGCAGCGUGGGGCGCCGUGAUGACCUGCGCCGCAUCUUCGCCUUCCAGGACGAACAGUUUCCCGACAUCGGCGAGUGGAGCACCGAUCGGCGCCGGCAACUGCGGAACCAGGUGUUCUUGGUGAAGUUAGCCCACAGUGGAACUGCCAGUGGUGCCCUUGACACGCUACAAAUGGAUGUGCGCUUCUAUGUCGUCAUGCUGUUCCUGCUGGCGCUGAUGUUUUUCAUAUGCUUAGACUUCUGGGCCCUUGGUCAUUUGCAUGAUCAAGAUGGGCGUGGCUGGAUUCUGGUCUUGUCGAACCUCAUGGGUUUCUUCGCCCUGGCAGCAGUGUUCGUAGUAUCGUUUCCAAAAUGGAAACACUACUUUGAAAAACCCAAAUCUGGAGUAAACACCUACCAGACUGUACCUCCUGCAUGA